AUGAGCAGGGUCGACAUUGACCACUGCGCCGCUCAUGCGCUGAGUACAAAAGUUUCUGCCCUGCGGCAGCUCCCCGUUUUUCAGCAAUGCAGAGACUCCAUUGUUCACAAAGUUGCUCAGCAACUACAGACGAGAUUUCUUGAGCCGGGUGAGAUAGUUUGUCGAAGUGGCGAGGAAUUAGACCACGUAUUCCUUCUGGCCUUUGGAUCCGUCCAAGUGUGGUCUGACGGGCAAGAAUCUGCCGAUCUUUGCGACGCAGGAAUCAUUGGCGAUCCUCGGGUUUUGCUUCGGUCAUGUGUGGAGAAUCAGUACAACGUGGUGGCAAAGACCUUCUGCCAGAUGCACAAGCUCACAUCUUCCCAGUUCAGACAAGUUGCUGGCAUCAAGGAUGAUGUCCAAGAUCUCUCCAAAUGUCUGGAACAGUUGAAGAUCCCCUGGCCCACGACGAGGAAACCCUCCUUCCUACGUGCUGCAAAAGCACAGUUACGAGUCGUGCAGUUUGUCAACGCGAUCAGCGCAGGCCGGAAGAAGACUCCAGCUGUUGUUCCUCCACCGCGACCUCCGGAGCCAAAGCCGCAAGAGAAGAAGGACAGCGCCGCGAAGCGAAGGCAAACAGCGAAACUGCAAACGGCGAAGCUGCACGGAAAGCUGAAGGCCAACAAGGACAAGCUUGAUGAGGGGAACGAGGAGAAGGAGACGGGUGGACAGAAGGAUACCCUCACCUUCAACAGCGAGGCACAGAAGAUGGAGAUCUCCAAGUCCCUUCAAACCCUCGACUUCUUCUCCACCCUGGACACCUUCAGCUUCGAGCGCUUGAUUGCGCUGUUUCAAAAGAAGUUCUGGAGGAAAAACGAGCCGCUUCUCACUGAAGGCAAGCCUGCCAAGGCCAUGCACGUCGUGUUGCAAGGUGAUGUGAACAUCAUCAUCGGUGGCAAGGUCCCGUGA